UGUGUCUCAGUGUGUGUGUGUGUGUGUGUGUGUGUGUGUGUGUGUGUGCAGCCCUCACCAGGUUGGCUGUGUUAACGCUGAGGGCUUCCUGCUGCAUCCAUCUGCCCGAGUCACGGACGAGCGGCGGACGGUCGCUGCUCACCGCAGGUUUUUAAACGGAGACGGUGCCGCCGGUGGAGAUCGUCUCGCCCCCUCUCAGGACGACAAAGGGCAGCUCGUCAGUUUCGGCAGCCUCCAAUCAGACUCAUGACUGUUUGACGGGACACGGCCCCACCGUGGCCCAUGCACUGUACCCGUUUCCCUCCCUGUCCUCCUUACCCCUCAAGCUGACGCAGAACCCCAGGCACCUCCCCCCCCUCCCCCACCCCCACUCCCACCCGAUCCCCAGCGACUCGCCACCGCCGGCCAUGGCGCCCGGCACGGAGACCGUGCACUACAUCCACCUGCACAACUCCAGCCAGUCGGUGCUGGAAGCCCUGCGCACGCAGCGGCGCGAGGGCCUCUUCUGCGACGUGACCGUGCGGAUACACGACGCCUCACUGCGCGCCCACGCCUGCGUCCUGGCGGCCGGCAGCCCCUUCUUCCAGGACAAGCUGCUGCUGGGCCACUCGGAGAUCUCUGUGCCGCCGCUGGUGCCCGCCGAGACCGUGAAGCAGCUCGUGGAUUUCAUGUACAGCGGCUCGCUGGUGGUGCUGCAGUCGCAGGCCCUCUGCAUCCUCACCGCCGCCAGCAUCCUGCAGAUCAAGACGGUCAUCGACGAGUGCACCCAGAUAAUCUCUCAGAGGAAGGCGGCCGCAGGGGCGGCGGCGGCGGCGGCGGCAGCAGCGGCGGCGGCAGCAGCAGGCGGAGCGAUGCUGGGAGGAGUUCUCCCCAAACAGGAAGAGCGCGGUGGGGGCAAGGGGAGAGAGAGUGGCGGCAGUGCAAGCUGUUCUGUCGGCGGAGCGAGCGGCGGUGGGGGAUAUGCAAACUUCUCCAACUUCAUGGCUGAGUGCGCUGCGAGUAACAUGGGUGCGGGGUUGGGGGGUGCCAACGUCAGUGUCGCCGAAGGCGGCCCGGGCCCGAUGGAGCAAGCCAACGCCGUGAGUCUGAUGGCACUGGGCGACAUGGGCGCCGGCUCCAUGUGCGGCGACGGGAUGGGCUCCGCGGCCGGCGCCAUCCUCAUGAAGCAGAGCUCCAGCUGCACUCAGGACGUCCGGUACAAGCUCCGGGAUCUGCUGGCGCAGACGGCCAACGGCGCCAACGCCAGCAGCGCGGGUAACCUGUCGGCGGGCUGCAGCUCUGGCGUGGCCAGCGUGGACAGCAUCGGCAGGGACAGCCUGCGCGGCAACGCGACCGACCUCUCGGACGACCUGGUGGGGAUGGACCGGUACAGCGAGGAGGAAGACCUGGUGGACGGGCGAGAGCGGGGGAGAGACGUAGACCGAGACAGGGGGGCGAGCCACAGCCGCAAGCAGAGGCAGCCGCUGAGACUCCAGGUGCUGGGAGGAGAGGGAGUGGUGGUGAAAGACGAAGGGGUCCACGACACCGACGGCAACGUCUACACCUUGGAGGAGGCGAGGCGAGAUGGAGGGCAGGACGGCUCCCAGGAAUCCAUGGCAGGCUUCGGACAGGAUUUCUACGACGAGCAGGGCGUGUUCUCCGAGAGCUUCUGGCCCCAGAGCGAGCCUCCUCGGGCCAUGGCCUUCAACCCGAGAGGACGAGUCAACAAGCCUCUGACUCCGCCCCCGACCACGCAGUCCAUCAACAACCAGCUUCUGUUCCAGUAUCCGGUGAGCCAGUCACAGCCGGCGCCGUUCUACGUGGGCGGGCCAAUGGGCGGGAUUGAAAGCAUGGCGGCGGCGACGGAGCCCAGCCAGCCGGCCCCGCCCCCGGCGCCGAUGACCCCGGCCCCGCCUCCCUCCGCCUCCGGAGGUGGCCCCUCCCCUUCCUCCCAGGGAUCCGAGACCUCGUUCGACUGCACGCACUGUGGCAAAUCUUUACGUUCCAGGAAGAACUACAGCAAGCACAUGUUCAUCCACUCUGGUCAGAAACCUCAUCAGUGCUCCAUCUGCUGGCGCUCCUUCUCGCUGCGCGACUACCUCCUCAAACACAUGGUGGUGCACACCGGCGUCAGGGCCUUCCAGUGCUCCAUGUGCGGCAAGCGCUUCACCCAGAAGAGCUCGCUCAAUGUGCACAUGCGCACCCACCGUGCCGAGCGCACCUUCCAGUGCAACGUGUGCCACCGGGCCUUCACACACCGCACCUUGCUGGAGCGCCACGCCCUGCAGCACGCCCACCACAACCCCCAGGCGCAGGUACAAGGCCAGGGGCGUGGAGCCGACAUGACCUCACCUACCAAGCACAGCCCUCCGGCUCUGGGAGGGCCCUCAGGUAUGGCUGGCCCGGCUGGCAUGGUCGGCAGCAUGUCCAACAUGCCCAGCCACGGAGCUUCCUCCAACUAGAGAGAAGGAAGGGGAGAUGCGGGGAACAGGGGGAAGUUAGUGAGCCCAUUCCUUAUUUGGUCCUGACAGCCUUGUUGAUCUUUUGUUCUGGUGGGAACGGCGCUUAGAGGUUCCCCAUUGUUUUAGGUUAACACCACCUUCAAUCAGGGUUCCUACACACGGCCGUGAGGCCUUUUAAAGUUUGAAAAUCAUGUCAAUUUAUAAGGUGUUUUUGAAAUUGCACAAAAAUCAUGUAAAUGUUAGGGGAGGGGUAAAAUGUAGUUCCCUUUUACAAAAAAACCUUUUAAAUAGUUGUAACCCUACUGUCCUUUACUGUGUUGUGACAUUUGUUCCUGUGAUGACAAAUCAUAAGCUGUGGAGCAAACAAUCACGCGCCUUGUUGAAGAGCCAUUCAAAAGUCCAUCCAAAAAGUCAGAAAAUUUGUUGGAAAGAAAAUAAUGUGUAGGAACCCUGUUUCAAAGAAACCAGAGAGUCACCAAAGAGGUUAGGAAAAACAGGGCGGGUUUGGGAGUCGGUAAGUGGAGGGCGGGAUCGGGAUCGAAGGGGUCUACCCGAUGGAGGGUUUGGGUUGGGUGGGGGCGGGAGAACCUGGGUUAUACAGAGAUGCAAGUUAGGGAAAUAAGGUGGGAAAGGAUGGUUGGUUGGUGAGGCGAGGGAUUGCACUGUUGGAUUCACCUUCAAUUCACUUAAUUCAGGUUUGAGAGCUGGAGUUCCGUCGGUUCUGUUCAGUGUCGCAUCUUGAAGAGCAUCAAAUCAAAUGUGUGAACAAAACGGGCGACGGUUCGUGUUCUGGUAGCUUUGGCUUACUUUGCCCUUGUUAGCAUGUUUUGUCUAACUGUAAUGAUAGCUUGUCAUAAUGGCCAGAUUUGAACCGCGUUUCUGACCAAAUUUAUCUAGAACUAUUAGUCCCGGGAACUUAAGAGUUCUUUCAAGCCGUUGGUUUCCACCGCGGCCUAAUGACCCUGGAACAUUAAGCAUAUUCGCUUGUUGAUGUAUGGGAAAAAUUCACGCCCACAACAAGCUGUUCCACUCCAGUCCAGCAGGUGGCAGUAAUGCAAACGUAGAUAGAACAAUCUAUGAUGCUUUAUCAUGUAGCAACACUACAGCAACAGCACCGCUGUUGAUCGUGAUUUACUGCUUUGCGAGUGCAAUUUUUGUGUAAAUUGCGGAAUAAAAAUGCUGGCGUGCUCGACCAAUCAGGCAAGUUCAUCGCCCCAAGCCCAACGCCAAAGGCCCCUGUGAAGUCUCUUGACAAGCACUACCCCUCCCAGCAGGGGCCUGCUUAUGUAGACCCUGGUCCCUGCGGUGCAGUUUCUCCAAAGGUUCUAGCAAGACUUUGGUGACUAGACGACAGCUGGUGGAAAACAUCAUGGCAUCAAGUGAAGAUCUCAAAAUAUGCUUGCUCUUGGUGAAUUAAGUGAAUUGAAUCUGAAGGGAGCUUUCUUCAGGAGCAGAGCAGGGUGACCAAUACUGUUGUUGAUGAAUGAUUCGAUGAGGAAGGAAAGCGAGCGGAGAGGGGCUACGGCAGGGAGGGAGGGGGAGGCGGCGUGACGACGCACAGCAGCGUGAAUGAAAUUCACCAUCAUCCAUCAGACAGCUUUGUAACAUUUUCCACAGGCGCCACCGGUCGGCCCAGGAUCAUAUACCUCGAAACCAGGACGAGUCCCCCGGCGGCUCGGAGGGACACUACGUUCUCAUUUUGAAACAUUUGGGAAACAUUUCAGCAUGUUUUACACAAACACACACACACACACACACACACACGCAGAGAGACACACACACACACACACGCCUACAAUUACCUCGGUGGUCCAAAGACAGGCAUUAUGCUUCACAUCUUUUAAGCUACAUCGAAACGAAGAAACAGUGAAAACUAUAAAGCUACGAUAGAUCCAUUUUACUUUUUUUUGAAAGCUUACUAAAGUACUUCUGUGUGAAAUUCUUGUACAUCGCGAUAACGCUACGGUUUUGUUCCUUGUUGCUCAUGUGAUUCUCUGAUGCAGAAAUAAUACGGAAGAACAUUUAACAAAAACGAAGAAAAAAACCCCAUUUAAAGUGAAAGAGUCAUUCACAGGAAGUUAGACUUGGUGGAACAACGAUGACAAAUCAGUGACUUAUCAGGAUUUUUAUUGAGUGUUUGGUUGUGUUUGUCUUUUCGGGGGCUCUGGUUAUUAAUAAUAAUAAUAAAUGGGAAGUGUUUGUUGCUUAAAAAAAAAAAAAACUUUAAAAAAUAAAAGCUUUUCUCGCAGCAUUGUAUUAAAAGAAACACAACAAACAAAAAAAUCUUUUUUAAAAAACAUUUUAGUCAAACUAAAUUACUUAAUCAUGAAAAUGUACAAUCACCCCUACGAGUUUUGACAAAGUCAAACCGGUGAUAAUGAUAAUUAUCACAUUAAUAUUUAUUACAAUUUGAUCUCUAUGCACAAUUGAGUUUGCACAUCAUGUUACUUAGACCUAGAUGUAGUUGUCCCCCAAAGUAUUUGGCCUAAGAUUGUUUUUCUUUAGAUUAUUAUUUUUUUCUUUUACACCUAAAAGGUGAUUUUUGUGUUUGUUUUUUUAAACCCACCCUACGUGUCCCUGCUUUUUGCUCUUUUUCCUUAGUGUAUGUAAGUCGACGCAUUAUGAGAUAUCCAGCAGUUAACUUUGUCAGAGCCUUCUAAUUGACACGAGAGAGAGAAAGAAAAUUCACUUUAAUUGUUUUCAACUUAAAAGAGUGAAUCCAGCAUAAGACGGAGAUUCAAAUCCUUUUUCUGUCUGGACUUCACUAUAGAUCUCGACAUUAAAAAUGUCCCAUUUCAAUGUGGGGAAAAAAAUAUUUGAAAACCUGCUUAUGUGAGUGGAGCGGCCGACGGCCUCCUUCUAAUCUGCAGUGUUGUGGAUGAAGAGUUUUAAGAGAACUGCCCUUAACUCACAUACAUAUAUAAGCUAUAUAUAUACAUAUACUGUAUGUAUAUAUAUAUAUAUCAUUUUAUCGCCAAACCUUUGGUGCUUUGUUUUUUGUUCUUGGAAACUGUUACCUCAUUUGCCAGUCGCGACGCGGCACCGUGGCCUGGGUUUGGUAAAUAAGCAGAGUUGAGCUGUUUCAGAGGUUUGAUCCAUCCUCAGCAGUGGAAGUGGUUUGACGGUGCAUCUUGUCUGAGGCGGACCCUUGUACAGUACUGUAAUAUGUGUGCUACGAAGCCAUGUCAUUGCAUUGUAUCGUACUGUGUUAUGCCUUUUUUUGUUGUUGUUGUCUUUUGUUUUUAUCGGGAGGGAAGUUGGUAUAAUUGUCUUUUCUACAUUAAUAUUUCUUUUAACAGAUGUUAAAGACGAAGAAAAAGAGGAAGAAGAAGAAACUGUCAUUUUAUAAUAAAUUACAAAAAAAAAAUCACUUGUCAUGGUAAAACCGCAUCUUUUAUGUAUUAAAAAAAAGACUAAAGGCAUGAUUUUAACUUUUUUCUGAGAACUUAGAUGUCGUACUCGAUGAAUUAAUUGAAUUUUAAAAAUGAGUGAUUUCAAAGAUUUCUUUCUCCAAAUAAAAAAAGGCUUCUAUGGCUCCAGGCCA